AUGUCAAACACAAACAGCAACAAAGACCAUUAUGAAAAACUUAUGUUUAAAAAAACACGACUAGAGCAACUUGAUCUAGUUUUCUCGGAUGACAACGACGACGAAGAAGAUGAGUAUUUCGCUGCAUUUCGUAAUGAAAACACGGAGGAUAUUCUUCGUGAAAUGAGUGAAAAUCUGAAAAAACUAUUUGAUAUUCACGAAUGUCGUAUUAUCAAAACUCAAGAUUUGGAGAAACUAUACCAAAAGGCAUUCAAAAAGUUUUUCAACUGGAACAUGUACGCAGAAUCAUGCAUCACUCCUCUCGACGAAUUUAUCAACAAAACAUGGGACCAGACGUUCAACGUUCUAAAAUAUCCAUAUGCAUAUACUGAAGACCCUACCACUUGGCUAACUCUAAAAUUCCCUCUUAUCCCAUUAAAAGACCUAUACUCGGAAAAAACGACCCCCGAGGACUCCAACGAGUAUCUGGAGUUCAUUCUUUGGCGUUUGCGCAACCUCUUUCCAGAUCAAACAGUUGUAAGGGUCGAUUGUUUACGUUGGCUUUAUUACGAAAUUUACACCGAUAAUCCGCCGAUUGAAACCAAGAAACAUGGAUAUAAAUCUCUCAUUGAUUUGUUAAAAGAUUCUAUGUGUUUUACUUUGUACGAGAAAGAUGCCUAUAGUGUCGUAGUAGAACGAGUAGAUGGAACAAAUGAGAAUGUGUGUGGCGCAUUGUUGAAGCUGAAUUUUCUUAAAACCCAAUUGACAGAAGAAAUGAAAACGGUUAUUAUGCUUUUGUUAGGUGAUGCGUUUGGAGAUCUGGUUAUUGAAUAA